AAAUACAAAAUAAAAUAAGCCCCGCCCACAUCGUAGCAUUUCUCUGUACUACUCGAAAGAAGACUGACGUCGGGCUUCAGUUCUGAACGUUGAGCGCAGAUGCGGCCUGCAGUCAGUGUGGCUCGGAUGAAUAUGAAUGGACGCUACAAUUACAUCUAAUAGCUCAAUGUUACAGUUUUUGCGCGAGCUGUAUUUUCGUCGGCACCGAUGUUUUCACUCGUAAUCUUGCUUUCAUUUCUGGCUAUUUCGGCUGAUGCGGAUUUUUUUCAAUUCGACAGCAUUUCAAAUGUUUCUACCUAUUAUUUCAAUUACAUCUAUUGCAAUAUUUGGGAAGGGGACUGUCAACCACACCAGGAUGAUGCGACCCAACAAGUGCCUACUGGGGACAUUUGGUCAGGGUUUCCCCAGUACUACACUGGCAUGUUGACUGCAUGGUACUGCAGUCUGGGUCAGUGCUGUGAUUCAGGAGACUGUAGGAUUACAAAUAACAUCACAGGAUUGGAAAAAGAUCUACAGGUGAAGCUUCACGGGCAGCACCUGGUCCAGUCUGUGGUUCUGAAAGCCAUUCAGGGAUUCAUCAAAAACCCUGAGUCCAACAAACCACUGACUCUGUCCUUUCACGGCUGGUCUGGGACAGGCAAGAACUUUGUGGCCCGGAUAGUAGCGGACAACCUGUACCGAGAUGGUAUAAAGAGCGAAUGUGUGCGUUUGUUCAUUGCCCCAUUUCACUUCCCUCACGCGAGAUUGGUGGACGUGUACAAGGGCCAGCUACGAGAAGCCAUUCGAGACAUGGUUCUGCGAUGCCCACAGACUCUCUUUAUCUUCGAUGAGGCAGAAAAGCUUCAUCCGGGCCUCAUCGAUGCCAUAAAACCCUACAUGGACCACUAUGAUAAUGUGGAUGGGGUCAGCUAUAGAAGAGCCAUAUUUCUGUUCCUAAGCAAUAUCGGUGGUGGUGCCAUCAAUGAGGUUGCACUUGAUUUCUGGCACUCGGGACAGAAUAGGGAAGACAUCGGCAUGGAAGACUUGGAACAUCUUCUGCGUGCUGAAGCCAUGGAAGCAGAAGGAGGUUUUGCGCAGAGUGAGCUGAUGUCAGGCCAUCUGAUUGACUUCUUUGUACCUUUCUUGCCGCUGGAGUACAGACAUGUGAAACUGUGUGCACGUGAUGCAUACGCAGCUCGUGGCCUUCAGCCGGAUGAGGGGACUCUUGAUGAAGUGGCUAAAGCCAUGCUGUACGUUCCCAAGGAGGAAAAACUCUUCUCCGCGCAGGGCUGCAAAUCCAUUCCUCAAAGGAUCAAUUUCUUUUUGCCAUAACGGAGAGCAACAUAACAUCACUGACAUUUAAAGAAACACAUAGUAUACUUGAAUGAAGCAGAAAUGACUGCUGAUAUCUGAAAUGCAAAUUGUACAACGCCGACAAUGCAGAAAAAACUUCAUAUAUAGAGUUUUAGCUCUACAUAGGGCAGGGAGAGAAGGUUUUGCUCACGGUUAAUCCUGUUGAAAUAGUAUUUUUAAGAACUUUUUAUCUAUAUCUAUCUUAUCUAUUUCUCCCAAGCAAUGUUACAGUUUACAUGCAUUGAUAUGAACGUAAGCAACCUAACCUCUUUAAAAAAAAGACUGCAUUUACAGUGGAAGCCUCUUAAUCAAGCAAGCAAAACCACUUUUUGUUUUUUUUUUACAUUUACAGUUAAAUGGAAAUUGCUGUUUGCAACUUUUUUGUACUUCCAUACUACUCAUUUCUCAGCAAAACAGGGAAAUAGAAAAAUUAACUGAUUGGGUUUGCUAGGCUUUUCUUGUAAGUAUAUUAUUGUCAAACGUGUUUUUAAAAGACCAUUUUACAUGUGCUUAUCGACCAAGUUUUCUUUAACCUGGAUUAUUUCUUUUAGUUACUGUUUAAGACCUUUUUAUAUUUUUGGCAUAUUUCAGUCAUUAUUAUCUGCAUUAAAGAUCAUAUUUCAAGACUUAUGUAAUUAAAAAUAUAUUGUUUAUUUAUUGUAUAUGUUUUUGUGUCUUGUAUGUGUAAAUGUUACAACGUCUUCAAAACUAGUUAAAAUCAAAUGCGCGUUUUGUUCAUUGAUAUUUCCAUUUUGAACACGUUCUGAUGUGAAAAUGUUGAAGUGAUUCAGUUGGUGGUGAAGACAUGCUACUGAAAUGAUCAUUUUUAUGUAGGUAGAAAAAGAGCUAGAGUGAUAAGCUUGACAAACAUGAGGCUGAGAAAAUCAUUGCUUCACAACUGAGACUUGUAAUGCACCUUUUUUUUUUUUUUUUUUUUUUUUUUAACAUAGGCCAGUACGCAUUUUCUGUGGUUUGACAAAUUAUCAAAUUAACUUUUAUUUUAUUCACUGUACUCAGUUUUAAACUUUGGCAAAUUUAUUGCUAAAAGUAACACGCUUCUUGAUUUUGUCAGCUCUGAUAAUGUUUACUUGGAAAAGCUGUAAUCCAUGUUGUGCUUGAAUGUAAAUACAGGUCAGUGUUUGAUGGAUGAACCAUUUUAUCACCAGCUAAUUCUACACUUUUGUAAAGGGGUUUUGUCUACAAAUAAUGUGAUGCCAAAUGGUGCGAUUCUUGUCAGCAGGUUUUUUUUUUUGGUUUUUUUUUAAGGAAAUUAUUUUAGAGUUAGGCUUAUUGUAGUUUGUACUAUUGUACUAUUAGUGGAACAAGCCUAAAUUCUGCAUUUCCUUUCCCAUUGAUAACACAGAAACCAGUGGGAAAUGGCAUUGUUAUUGAUAUUUGUCUAAUGUAAGAGAGAAAUAAAAAAUGUGCCAAGCUCUCAAAA